CUUAUCUUCCGUGUAUAUAUAAAAAUCACUUUCUUCUUCCAUCAUCAUCCAGUCAAAAAAUAUCACAAACACACAAACACACAUAUCGUAUCUCCGACAAUCAGUUCCAAACCAUGGCUCAGCAUCAACCAAUCUUUCAGACAAAGCCAGAAGAACAUUCUGUGCAGAUUCCCGUCAGCAUCGAGCGUGAUUCAACCACGCUCACAAACCCAAACCGGAAACCAAACCACUGGCCGACCAUUCUCCUCUCAACCAUUUUCGUCAUCAUAGGCCAAUCCAUAGCCAUACUCCUCGAAAACUUAUACUACGAACAAAUCAACCGAAGCGUGUACAACAAACACGGCCAAAGCGACGGCGUUUGGACUCAAGCUCUCCUCCAAACCGUAGGAUUCCCUCUCCUCCUCCUCCCUUUCAUCAUCCUCCUCACCACCAAGAAACACAACAACAACAACAACCCUCCCAUAACCUCCGACCAGUUCCACUACAAAUCCUUAGCAGUAAUCUACAUCUGCAUCGGAAUCCUCAUGUCGGCUCAAGGGAGACUCUCCGCCAUGGGAAAGCUCGACAUACCAUUUUUUUUCUUCGUCCUCAUCUCCUUAGCGCAGCUCUUCUUCACUCCCAUCUUCGCACGUUUCAUCAACAAGAUCAAGUUCAACAGAUGGGUCGUAAUCUCCUUGGUUCUGGCCAUCGGCGCCGGAGCCGCCAACUUCACAUCCACGUUCGGCGGCGAGCCAGACCGUAGGGAGGACUUUCACGUAAGAGGCGCAUGGGCUGCUCUGUUCGCCGCCGUCUGCUUCUCUCUCCUCCUCUGCAACAUCCAAAACGUCUUCGACAGCUACAUCUUCAAACGCACGGAACCAACCACUAGAAAACCGAGCUUCGCGUCCGUUUUCGAAGUCAUAGUCUUCUCCUCUCUAGUCGCCACGCUCAUCUCCGCGGUGGGUCUUCUCAUCGCCGGGGAACAGCACGGUCUGGAGAGAGAGAUGAACGGUUUCCCGAAGGGGAAAGGCGCGUACGUGAUGGUUAUGGUGGGACAAGCCGUUUCGUGGCAGCUGUACUGGGUCGGGAUCGUGGGGCUCGUCUUCUCUGUCUCGAGCGUGUUGUCGAAUGUGAUCAACGUCGUUACGUGGCCGCUCGUGUCGUUGCUUGUUGUCAUCUUCUUUAACUUCAAGAACUUCACGAGGGAAGGCGAUGAUGAGUUCUAUACUCUCAAAGGUUGCGCUUUGAUUCCUGCCGCGUUAAGCGUCGCCGCUUAUUUCUUUGGGCUUCACAAAGAGAAUCGUCGUAGUGCGUAUUAAGUUUUUUUUUUUAAUUUUUCCUUGAUUUGUUUGUAAAUUA